AUGUCCGGAAUCUGCUCUUUGUCUGGAAAGAGUUUUAUGAGUGCCUCGGAUCCCCUUCUGGGGAAGCGCGACCAGACAGUCUCAAGUCGCACGAUUCACGCCGAACACGAAUCUCCGGAAAGGGUCUUUCCUACUCCGUCAACACAUGAAGCCCUUUCUGAAUCUGGUCGUUUAGCCGUGCAAAAAGGGAAAAGCCGGUAUGUGAGCAGUACAAUUUGGAAUGUCCUUGCAAAUGAUGUUGAAGAAAUGCAGGAUGUAUUGGACUCGUCAACAUCAGAAGAUGAGUCAGAAGACGCCGAGGCCACGAAUUCUCGGUUUCAAGGUUUUCUUUUCGGCAUUACUUCUCCCUGCAGAUCUUUACGUAGAUUCUGUCCACCGGCAGACAAGGCCUGUUACCUUAUCAAGACCUAUGAAGAGAAUGUUGCUCCAUUGUUACCAAUACUUCAUUGGCCAACAGUACGAGGGCUUCUCAUGGAUAUUAUUCAGCAUGGGCGCGCUGCGGAUAAAGUCGUUAAGACUUUGAUGUUUGCCAUCUAUCAUGCCGCGGCUGUAAGCUUGCCCGCCGAUGAAUGCCAUCGUGAGCUCGGUGUGGCUCGAGAUGUCUUAUUGACUAAAUUCCGGUUUGCUGUCCAACAGGCUAUUGCGGAGGCAGACCUGCUGAGCACGCAAAGCACGGUCUUACUACAAGCUGUGGUAUUAUUUCUGAUGACAGUACGCCGAGAGGAUAAUACCCGAUUCGUCUGGUCUAUGACCAGUAUGGUUGUGCGGAUCGGUCAAUAUCUUGGUCUCCAUCGUGAUGGAGAUCAGUUCGGACUGACGUCGUUCAACACGGAAAUGCGCCGACGAUUAUGGUGGCAUAUCCUGCUGUUGGAUAUGCGGUCGUCAGAAGAACAUGGAACUGAUAGGCAAAUUUCAGAGGGGACAUACAGUACCAAGCUUCCUUCUAAUGUGAAUGAUGAAUGUCUCUACCCAGAAAUGACGGAGCCUGUACAACCGCAAAUAGGCUUCACUGAGAUGACCUUCUGCCUCAUUCGAUGCGAGGUAGCUAUUGUCCUCAAUCGGGUGACCUCUGCCAUUUCAUCGAGCUCUAGCGACCAAGCCACUCACGAAAGCCUUGAGCAGAUUGGCAAGGAAAUCAGCGAUCAGAUUCAACACAAGUACACUAGUUUCUGUGAUGAGUCUAUCCCGUUUCAGAAAGUCUGCGUAUUGAUUUCUCGACUUCUUCUCGCUAAUCUAUGGAUUCACAUUUAUUUUCGCCGGUCUGCCAGCCACCUCACGCUGCAAAAUAUCUCUGCGAAGUCUAGAGAUAAGUUGUUCCACUUGUCACUUGAAGUGAUCCAGAUUUCGUUCUCACUGGAAAGCAGUAUAUACACCCAUCGAUGGAGUUGGUUAUUCCAUGCUAAUGCACAUUGGUCUUAUGUUGCUUUCCUGCUUUCGGAAUUAUGUUUCCGACCGACAAAUACAUUCGCAGAUGAAGCAUGGAAGGCGGUCGACUUAGUGCAAAACAAGUGGCAUUUGACUCAGAGAAAUGGGAAGAGGGGAAUGUUGUGGCGACCCUUACAACGGCUACUGCGAAGAGCAACUAUCAUUCGAUCCCAAACCAGGGGUCUGCGAGAACACAAUGGUAAAGAACUAUCAUUGCCUGCUCUUGCCGGUACUGCCACAAACAGAUACACAGAGCUAGGCCUCCUCGAAACCACAGAUCAGGGCGCGGUUUCUCUUGCUGCCUGCGCCGCAGAGGGUGAAGAUGCCUCAUAUCUUACCUUUAGCCAGCCAGAUCUAAUUGAUAUCAAUCAUCAGGUUUUGGCGAGUCCAAUGGGGUUUUCAGAAUUUGAAUCUAUAGCGUUGAUGGCGAAUUGGAACUUUCUGUGA